AAACAAAGGCUGUCAGCCAAGCGCCAAACCCGCGACAGUUUGAUUAUUUCGGUGAUACUUUUUUCCUCGCAAGCGAACACGAUUUUAGCUCCAAUUACGCACUUAUGGCGUAUUUCUAGCCUUUUUCCAGACUGUUCAAUCCCUCCGCUUGUGUUUGUGCGGUUCCGGACGCUAGAUUUUUCUUCCCCCACGGCGCACAAAUGAUGGAACAUGAGACGCUUAAUUUGCCGAGCCCGAAAGACGACCUGGAAGAGGGAGAACUGUCCGACAGUGAUAGCGAUGGAUACACUCCCCUGGCACGACCGGAGCUGGCAAAGCACGAGUUUGCAUCCGUCUCGGUUAGUCUGCCGAGACAGAUGGACAUCGUCUCGGACGAGCAUGACGACGACGAACUGCACCAGGAGAAAAGUGAUUCCGACGGUAGCUCGGAUGAAAGCAGCGGAAACAUACGGCUCGGAGCAGUGCGCUUCCCGAAACGAAUGCGAGGCCAUCCUUCACGGACAGGUGGUGGUCUGAAACGACCGGUGUUACCACCGAAGAUUUCCAGCACCGUUUCGAGCACCGCAAAUGCUCCUCCGGCUCGUGCUACCACUGCCGCUGCGGGCCGACCGAACAAGUAUAACAUAUGGACGGAAAGCCUGCAGGAGGACACACUGAUGGAAACGAUGCGGGGUUGCGAUGUGACCGCGAACGGGAUGCGCAACCGGGAUGUAGAAUCGUACGAUUACAAGCUACGCGAUCGGUUGCAGAGUGGAAACGCGUUCGAGCGUCUAAAACGCCGCCAGUCGAAUUCGGACGAUUCGGAUGGGUAUGCCGGUGGUGGGAAGCGGAUGCGAACGUCGCACAGCUCCUACCCGGAACUGGCGGAAAAUCGCGAACGAAGAGGUAGCGUAAAGGACCGAAUCGGCAAACGAAAUACCAGCACCGAUAGUAACAGUGACGACUGUGCACAAAACGCUCCAAGAUUUGAUUUCAGGCACAUACCGGAUCUGAAUGUGGAGGAGAACUGUACCAACGAGCAGUUCGGGAUAGAGCUGGCGGGCAAGCUGAACGAAACUCACACAGAUUUAAUGGUGAGGGUAGUAGAAGCACUUGGUAAGGACAUACCGCUGAAACUAUUCAAGGAAACACAGAAAAUCGAAGCAGACGGAGGAAUGCUGGUCAUGAAAGGCUGGCGGAGACGCACACCGGGCGGUGUAUUUCUCUUCCUCCUGAAGCACUGCGAGCAGGUCGACCAGGAAAUCAAAAAGACCAUCUUCCAGGAGGACAAAAAGGCGAAGCAAAAAGAGUGGAAGCUGACGAAAAAUUUAAACCGCGACAAAAAGGUGGAAGAGCUGAAGAAAACGCUAAACCGCCAGGCAGCGAACGAUGCCGAACAACCGUCGCUACCGAUCAUGUCGCAUCUGAAGGCGGAAACGCACAGCACGCUGUCCAACCCGCCACCAUCCCCGGUGGGAGAGGAAAACUUUGAGGCUGGUUCCGACUACGAGGCGCGUCAUAUCCACGUAAACGUAACCACCAGUCCGGACAAACCGCUGCUGCACCCGAACGAAACCGACAAAGAUUCGGACGCCUGUCCCGAGGACACGUGCCGGCUACUGCUGCCGGACGGUCCGACGCCGAUGCGCAGUUUGGCCAGCUACCAGGAGGACUGUCUCGACAUUACGUGCGACGAUAUGGAUCUCUUUUAGCAACAAACGCGAGCACGAUGACUGUGGUGGCCUACAAUAACUACGUGUAAAGCAGCAAUUGCGAAUGCACUUUACGAAGCAGGAGAGAGAAGUGAACGAGACAUCAGCAACAAAAGCGAAAAUGCAUCGUUACACAGACCCGAUCUAAAGUGUGAACUACUUGUAAAUACUCGCGAAUGAAUAAUACUAACCUUUAAGGCUUCUAAUUA